CGGAGUCAUGCCUUUAGAAACCAAACAUCGAAUUUUGUUGCUUUAUGCCUCACAAAACGGACAAGCGAAAGCGAUUGCUGAGGAAAUUGCUGAAGCAGCAGAUGGAAAAGGAUUUAUUGCUGACCUAUAUUGUGUGAGCCAAAUGGAAGAGUUCAACCUGGAGAAGGAACGUGCUCCAGUUGUUAUAAUCGCCUCUACUACUGGUGUUGGAGAAGUACCAGACACAGCAAGGAAAUUUGCACAAAAGCUUAAGAGUGAUUUGCCAGCUAACUUCUAUUCACACAUAAAAUAUGCAGUAUUAGCUCUUGGAGAUUCCAACUACUGUUGUUUUGCCAAUGGUGGAAAGAUAAUUGAUAAAUGCCUUCAGCAGCUUGGUGCACAACAUUUCUAUGCAACUGGAUAUGCAGAUGAUGGUGUUGGGUUGGAAUUAGUGGUUGAACCUUGGAUUGAAGGUCUUUGGGAUGCAUUGAAGGAAUUGUGCCAGAAGCAAAAAGAGGAGAUUAACAGUGAUGCAGAAAAAAUAUUGGAUACGAAUGAUGUUUCAACAACAAACAAGAGUUUUGAGUUGUCAGAUAUUGAAUUGAGGUUAGAAGCAAAUGUACCGCCAACAGCUAAAGAUUCAUUUAAUUCAUCUGAGGGUGUUGAACAGAAUCCUAUUGUAGCAGGGCUUCAGGAAUGUUGUCUAGUGCCAACCUGGGUAAAAUCUGAAAAGCCCUUGUCAGAAACUGCUCUGAAUAUCCCUUCACUGCCAGUGGUGUAUCUAAAUGUGGAGUUUCAGAAGAGCACAGUGCAGGUCUGUGAACAAGAAUGCUUCUUGCUAGCACCAGACAUCACUCUGUUUCAGGUUCCAGUGACUAAAGCAAUUUCCCUAACCCGGGAGGAUGCGGUGAAAACUGCACUAUUUUUGGAGCUUGAUAUUUCAAAAACCUCAAUGACGUAUGAGCCUGGAGAUGCUUUCAGUAUUAUAUGUCCUAAUAGUAAGAGUGAGGUGGAAGAACUAAUUCAGAGGCUUGGGCUUGCAAACAAGAAGAACCAUGUGGUUGAAAUAAACAUUAUACCAAACAAUAAGAAAAAAGGUGCUCACUUGCCUGAAUAUAUACCAAAGAGAAGUACGCUGCAAUUCAUUCUGACUUGGUGCCUCGAGAUACGAUCAGUUCCCAAAAAGGCAUGUUUGCGAGCAUUGGCUGAAUACACCUCUGACUCUUCUGAGAAACGGAGACUACAAGAGCUGAGUAGCAAACAGGGUACUGCAGACUAUACCCGGUAUAUGAGAGACCACAACAUUUGCCUGCUUGAUAUUCUCCGUGCCCUUCCGUCAUGUCGUCCACCACUUAGCCUUCUAUUAGAACAUUUACCAAAACUGCAAGUUAGAUCCUAUUCAGCAGCCAGUUCGCCUAAGUAUCACCCUGGUAAACUUCAUUUUGUUUUCAAUAUUGUGGAGUUCCCAUCCUGCCCUGAGAAGCCUAUCAAACGAAGAGGAGUAUGUACAGGUUGGCUGGCAGAACAAGUUACGUCAAUGCUUCAAAACUAUGAGAAUGAAACUAUAAUCAGUGACUGUUUGUCAAAUGGAUUUGAAUUGCCACAGAUAUCCAUCUUCAGCCGGCACAACCCAUUUUUCCAUCUACCUGCUGUUAUGGCAGCUCCUAUUAUCAUGGUGGGCCCUGGAACUGGGAUUGCUCCCUUCAUAGGUUUUCUACAGCAUCGCCAAAAACAAAAAGAAGAAAAUCCUGACUUUGCUUCUGGUGAAACGUGGCUAUUUUAUGGCUGUCGACAUCAUGAUCGAGAUUAUCUGUUUCGAAAUGAGUUAAAAGGCUUUCAAGAUAAUGGCACCUUAACACAACUGAAAGUCUGUUUCUCAAGAGAUCUACCCAAGGAUACAACAGCAGGAAAACCAAAAUAUGUUCAGCAUCUACUUCAUCUCUUCGCUGAAGAUGUCGCAAAAAUGUUGCUGGAUGAAAAUGGUUAUUUCUAUGUAUGUGGAGAUGGCAAGAAUAUGGCUAAAGACGUGGCCAGUUCUCUGACUGAGAUUGUAUCAGAAAAGCUGGGCGUGGAUACUUUGGUUGCCAUGAAAGUUUUGGCCGACUUGCGUGAAGAGAAACGUUACCUACAGGAUGUCUGGACUUAACUGCAAUUGGAAGGGAAAAUAUAAAUUGAAAACAACUUUAUCCACAGAAAUUACUAAUCAGUUUUAAAUGCUAAUUGUUUGAAGAAAUGUUAGAAAAAUAUGCUUCAUAGCCAAAGUGCUUGUGGAAUUUGUUUUUGAAUAGUUGGCACUAUCCCUUGUCAAAGAUAGUGAACUGAUGGUCUUAUUUUGAGAAACAUUGCUCUGAUGUUAUUGUGAAACAAAUUACAAGAAGUGGUCCCAACAUCUCUUCAAAAUCAGCUUUUAAAAAGCUCUGACAUUAAGUGUCAAUGGGAAUUUUUGCUAUGUGAAUUUUGAGCUUUUGGAUGAAACCUAAUAACCCAUCCAGCUAACAUUUUAUUUGUUUUAACUUUAUGUAUUAUUUUUACCAAAGUAUUGUAAAUGCAUUUAUUUAUGUAAUUUUUAAAUUAUGCCUUUUAAAAUGUC